AUGGCCAAUUCCUCCUCUAUCACUGAGUUCUUACUGCUGGGCUUCUCCAGCCUUGGGGAAUUGCAGCUUGUCCUCUUUGCAGUCUUUCUCUGCCUCUAUUUGAUUAUCUUGAGUGGAAACAUCAUCAUCAUCUCGGUCAUUCAUUUGGAUCACAGCCUCCACACACCCAUGUACUUCUUUCUAGGUAUUCUUUCUAUCUCGGAAAUCUUCUACACAAUUGUUAUUCUGCCCAAGAUGCUUAUCAACUUAUUCUCUGUACUCAGGACACUCUCCUUUGUGAGUUGUGCCACCCAGAUGUUCUUCUUCCUUGGUUUUGCUGUCACUAACUGUCUGCUUCUGGGAGUGAUGGGUUAUGAUUGUUAUGCUGCCAUCUGCCAGCCUUUGCAAUAUGCUGUUCUCAUGAGCUGGAGAGUAUGUGGACAACUGGUAGCAACUUGUAUUAUUAGUGGUUUCCUAAUAUCUCUGGUGGGAACAACUUUGGUCUUUAGCCUCCCUUUCUGUGGCUCCAACAAGGUCAACCACUACUUUUGUGAUAUUUCACCAGUUAUCCGUCUUGCCUGUGCUGACAGCUAUAUUGUGCCCUUGAUAUUUAUCUGCAUUUCUUAUGGCUUCAUUGUCCACACCAUUCUGAAGAUCCCAUCAGCUGAAGGCAAACAAAAAGCCUUCUCCACCUGUGCGUCCCAUCUCAUUGUAGUCAUUGUCCAUUAUGGUUGUGCUUCCUUUGUCUACUUGCGACCCUCAGCCAAAUAUACUUCGGGCAAAGAUAGGCUGGUGACAGUAACCUAUACCAUCAUCACCCCACUGUUGAAUCCCAUGGUAUACAGCCUCAGGAACAAAGAUGUGCAGCUGGCUAUUCGGAAACUGAUUGGAAAGUCUGGAUUUUCUCUUAAGACACUAUAA